AUCCCUAUCACAGUUCUUUCCUAGUAUGUUUGGGGUCCCCCAUCACGGUUCUCCUCUAGAAUAUUCGGAGUCCCCAUCAUGGCCUUUCUCCAGGAUAUCUGGGGUCCCUAUUACAGUCCUUCUCUAGGAUGCUCUCAGUCACAGUCCUUCCCUGAGAUCCUUGGGGAUUCUCAUUGUGGUUGUUCUCCAGGAUGUUUGGCUUCUCCAUCAUUAUCUUCUUUCCCAGGACAACUUCUCCAGGAUGCUUGGCAUCCACCACUACCUUCCUUCUUCAGCAUGCUUAGGGUCCCCUGUGGUUGUCCUCAUCCAAGACACAUGGGCUCCCCAGCCAUGACCCCUCUCCGUGGUGCCCAUGGUCCUCAUUGUGAACCUUCUCCACAAUGACUGGGGUCCCCCAUCGUUAUCCUUCUCCUGGCUGCUUGGGGUCCCCAGCUCUGCUCUUUCUCCACGAUGCCUGCAGACUCUCUUCUGGAUGUCUAUGGUCUCUGCUCUUCCCCCAGGGACCGCGUGGUCCCCUGCUGAGUCUCUUCUGUGGGGCCGUGAUCACAAUCACAGCCCCCAUCUGGGGUAAUGUGUCCCCCGCCAUGGCCCUUCUCCAGGACACCUGUGGUCCCCACUUGUGGCUCCUUGUCAGGAUGCAUGCUGUCCCCUCACUGGGACACCCAGUGUCCCCAGCCCCAGGGACAUCAUUUAAUCCCAUUUAAAAGUCCCGUGAGAGCUCAUUCCAUGGCACCCCUGGGGUGUGGGCUGAUGCUGAGCCCUGUGUGCACUUCUUGGACUCCUCAUCCAUGUCCUCUGGGAUAUCUGAGGUCCCCUGGGCUGGACCCAUGGAAGUGGCAGUGCCCCAUCAUCUGAGUGAGGGGACUGAUGAAGGGGGAUGAGGGAUACUUGGGUGCCCCUGCUCACCCUGAGUGUUUUGGCUCCGCUCCUGCAGGACUGAGCCCAGCCCCUGGCAAGGCACUGAGCCCUGUACUGCUGUGCAAGGUGUGCGGGGACACCAGCAGUGGGAAGCACUACGGCAUCUAUGCCUGCAAUGGCUGCAGUGGCUUCUUCAAGCGCAGCGUCCGCAGGAAGCUCAUCUACAGGUGCCAGGCAGGGACGGGGCUGUGCCCAGUGGACAAGGCACACCGCAACCAGUGCCAGGCAUGCCGGCUCAAGAAGUGCCUGCAAGCCGGCAUGAACAAGGAUGCUGUGCAGAACGAGCGCCAGCCCCGGAGCACAGCCCAGGUCCGGCUAGACAGCAUUGAGCUGGACGCCGAGCUGCCCCCUGAGCACGUGGCUGCCACGCGUGAUGUCCCCCCGGUUCCCUGCCCGGCCCCCCGUGGCCAUGGGGCUACUGCUGCCACCGCUGCCGUCCCCCGCACGCCCACACCACCCACCAACCACCGCUUCAUGGCCAGCCUGAUGACGGCCGAGACCUGCGCCAAGCUGGAGCCCGAAGACGUUGAUGAGACAGUGGAUGUGACGGGUGGUGAGCCCGAGCGGGCGGGCGGUGAGUACCAGGUGGCCCCGUACCCAGCAGCUGGUCCUGAAAACGUCUACGAGACCUCAGCACGCCUUCUCUUCAUGGCUGUCAAGUGGGCAAAGAACCUGCCUGUCUUCUCCAAUCUGCCCUUCCGGGACCAGGUGAUCCUGCUGGAGGAGGCGUGGAGCGAGCUGUUCCUGCUCUGUGCCAUCCAGUGGUCCAUGCCCCUGGAGAGCUGCCCGCUGCUGGCCGUCCCCGAGCCAUCCCCUGGCAAGCUGCUGCCAGCCGCCGUGGACGUGCGGGCGCUGCAGGAGACCCUGGGGCGCUUCAAGGCAUUGGCUGUCGAUCCCACCGAAUUUGCCUGCAUGAAGGCUGUGGUGCUCUUCAAGCCAGAGACUCGCGGCCUGAAGGACCCCGAGCAGGUGGAGAACCUGCAGGACCAGUCGCAGGUGAUGCUGGGCCAGCACAACCGCUCCCACUACCCCGGGCAGCCCGUCAGGUUUGGGAAGCUGCUGCUGCUUCUGCCAGCCCUGCGCUUCCUCUCCUCCGAGCGCGUCGAGCUGCUCUUCUUCCGCCGUACCAUUGGCAACACCCCCAUGGAGAAGCUGCUCUGCGACAUGUUCAAGAACUGACCCCCUCCCCGCUGUCACCUGGCUGCUGCUCGGUGGCUUUUGGGAUACCCUGCACUGUUUGUCCCCCUGUGCUGGCACUCUGUCACCCCCUGCUCUCCUUGGGGCGUGGAUGUCCCCAGGCCAGCAGCCAAGUCCUUGGGGUGCUCCCAAGUGGUGCAGGAGGGUGGGUGGCAGGGGGACAUCUCCAGGGUGGCACCGAGAGGACCAGGGUGGGCACCUCAAUGGGUGCCACUGUCCCCAACCAAACCCUGAGCAUCCCCUGCACACGGUGCCAGCAGCGCCCCAACGCAGGGACACGACACCAGCCUGGGGGUGGCACUGGGGGGGGACCUGUGGGGACAGAGCUGUGUUCUCCCAUCCCAGGGGGCUUGCAGCCAGCCCCCCUAUUUUGUACUCCAAAUAAAGAGGGCUUUUGCAGACA